GUGGCUUCUGCUGGGUGGGUCGACUCUUAUCAACCUAUUCAUGCUUCUGAGCACGCAAUAAACAAUAAGUGCAAAGCCUUUCUUACCGAUUUCUCAAAAAAUAAGUGCGAGCCUACAACAAUGUAGUGCCAUAGGCCCAAGCAUAACAAGCCCACACCCCGAAGGGCCCGAAGCCACUGCCAACACCCUCUGGGUCUGGACCUGCUUAUUGCUCGGCCUCAUCAUCCACGCCUCUCAAAAAUACCCAUCUGUUUUGCUCUCGGGUUGAACUUGCUUGCUGUUGUUGAUGAUGAUUUGCAGAAACUCAUUUUGUUGCCAAUUCUCCUCCUUAUCAUUAGGAACGAGUCAGUCUCAUCAGGUUAAGAAAACUGAGGUGGAGGUGUUGUUGAUGGGGUUCAAGCUCUCAAAUUGCACCCUUUUCACUACUACAAGCUCCACUAUCCUCACUACAAAGGCAACAAUGAAUUCCCAAGUCAAAUGCUCCGUUAAUCAAAGUGGACAACUGAUAACUAAUUCUAAAGCUGUUGAGAGGAAAAUGAUAAAUAAGGCCGGUAAGAGAGAACACCACUUGUGGAAGAGAAGAGAUUCAGCUGGGUCUGGGCAAAAGGCGCUUAAUCUUGUCAGAAUUGUUUCUGGGCUUCCUAAUGAGAAGGAAUCUGUUUAUGGAGCAUUAGAUAAAUGGACUGCUUGGGAGACAGAAUUCCCAUUGAUCGCAGCAGCUAAAGCUUUAAGAAUCUUAAGGAAGAGGAGUCAAUGGAAGCGAGUAAUUCAAGUGGCCAAGUGGAUGUUGAGCAAAGGUCAAGGGGCAACAAUGGGAACGUAUGACACCCUUCUACUGGCAUUUGAUAUGGAUCAGAGAGUAGAUGAGGCUGAAUCUUUGUGGAACAUGAUUUUGCAUGUAUAUACACGCUCUAUCUCAAAGCGGUUGUUUUCUAGGAUGAUUUCUUUGUAUGAUCAUCAUAACAUACAGGAUAAGAUAAUAGAGGUUUUUGCAGACAUGGAGGAGUUGGGUGUAAAACCAGAUCAAGAUACUGUCAGGAGAGUCGCACGUGCCUUUCAGAAAUUGGGACAAGAAGAGAAGCAGAUGUUGGUUCUUAAAAGGUACCAGUCUAAAUGGAAGUAUGUCCACUUCAAAGGUGAACGGGUGAGAGUGAGAACAGAUGUGUACAACGAAGAUAAUGCCUGAACCAAUUGAAGUUGGAGCUUUGGGCAUCAAGAUAUGCCAGGUCUGUCUUCCCUCUUGGACCUUGCUAAUUAGAGAAGACUACUAUUGAAAUUUUAUGGUUUUUGCAGCUAGAGAUCAUUAUUUCAAGGUAUUGUUUUGGUUGAGACUGAGGCAAGCAUGCCCGCCACUGAUCAUUAAUCAAUCAAUACUUGUUCCUUUGGAACUUGUGGUUCUACUACAUAUUUUACUUACCAACACAAUCUGGACGGACCUGUUGAUAGAAAUAUGUACAGAGGAUUCUUAUUCAUCAUUCAGGUCAUGUUUUCUAACCCCCAAUCAAUUCUAAAUGGUUUUGUUGUAAUAUAAAUGUACAGAUAAGGGGCAAGAUUCCCCUUGACUACAAGCUAAAAGAGAGUUUUGUUUAAGAUAGAGGAUUUCUAUUCA